AUGUAUCCAUUUACACGGCCCGAGGACGGCCAGAACGGAGCCCAGUCCAGCACAUCGCAGAGUGUUGGUCCCCAGGCGACUACCCAGCGCGACAACAGCGGAGCAACCACCGGGCAGUCGGGUCCCGACACCGCUCAGAGCCCUCACAACCUGCCAUCCGUGUCUCUGCCCAAGGGCGGUGGUGCCAUUAAGGGAAUCGGUGAAAGCUUCUCAGUGAGUCCGGCCACCGGCACGGGCAGCUUCUCGGUCCCGAUCAAGACCAGUCCCGGCCGGGGCGGGAGCUCAGUGCAGCUCAGCCUGUCGUACAACUCCGGUGUCGGCAACGGUCCGUUCGGGCUCGGCUGGCAGAUCUCCAACCAAUCCAUCGUGCGGAAGACGGACAAGGGCCUCCCGCAGUAUCGGGACGAGGAUGAGUCUGACGUCUUUCUUCUCGCGGGAACCGAGGAUCUUGUGCCUGUGUUGGAUGUGAAUGCGGAUGGCACCUUUGGGGAGAAGAAGGUCGAGUUUCGCGAGGAAGGGGGGAGAUGGGUGCGAGUCGCUCGUUAUCAGCCCCGGAUCGAGAGCGGCUUUCUAAGAAUCCUGCGGAUCACCGAUACCGAGACUUGUGACACCCACUGGGAAGUAAAGACGGACAGCAACGUGACCACCAUCUUUGGCGACAGCGACAACUGCCGGGUCUUUGAUCCCCUGGAUCCGUCGCACGUCUUCGAGUGGCUGCCCAGCAGGACAUACGACGACAAGGGGAACGAGACUGUGUACGAAUACAAAGCCGAGAAUUCUCUCGGCAUUGACGUCGACUGCCUGUCUGAACAGCGUAGGACGGUAACAGGUAGGUCGGCGGCACGGUAUCCCAAGCGGAUCAAGUACGGAAACUCUGUAUCGGGACUUAACCCAACAUUCGCAACUCGCAACCAUUGGCUAUUCGAGGUUGUCUUUGAUUACGGCGAUCACGACAGCGACCAUCCUACGGCCCAGGAAUCCCGGCCCUGGCCCUCGCGCCCAGACCCCUUCUCCUCACGCCGGUCGGGCUUCGACAUACGAACCUACCGGCUCUGCAGAAGGGUUCUCAUGUUCCACCACUUCCCUGACGAGCCCGGUGUGGGUCGGGACUGCGUCGUCGCAUCCUUCAACAUUGGCUACGAGUCAAUCGGCCACGACGAGUCCACCGGGCUCUCCGUCGCCACCAUCAUCAAAUCCGUCAGCCAGGAGCAUUGGCAGAGGGAUGGAAAAGGAGGAUACAAGAGGCAGUCCCUCCCGCCCCUCGACUUCACCUACUCAAUGGCACAGCCAGCCAAGCACUCCCGAGUCCUAAACUCAUCCUCCCUAGCCAACCUCCCCGCCGGCCUCAGCGACACCUACGAGCUCGUCGAUCUAGAAGGCCAAGGCCUCCCCGGCGUGGUGACCCGCAUCGACGGCAGCCUGCUGUACGUGCCCAAUCUGGGAAACGGCGAGUUCGGGCCCGCCGAGCCGCUGCCGACGAACCCGGCCGCCGUGUUCCGCAGCGGCGGCGGCAACGAGCGGUGGAUGGAUCUCUCGGGCGGCGGCAAGGUCGAGCUCGUGCAGAUGGGCGGGGCCGUGCCGGGCUUCUACACGCGCGACUGGGACGAGGAGUCGGGGUGGGCUGGCUUCCGCCCUUUUGAGUCGUUCCCUAACCUUGCCUGGGAUGAUAAGAAUCUCAAGUUUAUUGACGUGACCGGGGAUGGGAUUGCAGAUAUUGUCAUCUUGCAGGACCAGGUGCUGACGUUUUACACGGGACUGGGCGACAGCGGGUUUGGCGGGCCAUUGCACACGCCCCCUCCGCUCGAGGACGACUCCUAUUCCGGCUCUCGGUUGCUGUUCUGGGACGGGGUGGAGGCCAUCUACACCGCCGACAUGACGGGCGAUGGGCUCGCCGAUCUAGUUCGCAUCCGCCAUUGCGAGGUCUGCUACUGGCCGAAUCUCGGGUACGGGAGGUUCGACUCCAAGGUCGUCAUGUCUGGUGCGCCCAAGUUCGACAGUCCCGACAUGUUCGACCAGGCCUUCCUACGGCUCGCCGACGUCGACGGGUCCGGCACGACGGACCUCAUCUAUCUCGGCAACGAGACGCCAAUGAUCUACCAGAACCUCUCGGGGAACGGCUGGAGCAGGGGGAUUCCCAUUACGGGAUUUCCGGGGAUAGAUGCCACCACGAAAGUGCAGGUUAUAGACCUGCUCGGUCGCGGCACAGGAUGUCUGGUCUGGUCAUCCGUUCUCCCUGGAGACUCGGGUCGCCAGAUCCGGUACCUCGAUCUGAUGGAGGCCGGUAAGCCGUACCUGCUCGUCGGAAUGGACAACAACAUGGGCUGGGAGACGCGGGUCACGUACGAGAGCUCGACGCAGUUCUUUGCCCGUGACAAGAAAGCGGGCCGGCCGUGGACAUCCCACCUGCCGUUCCCCGUGCAGUGCGUCGAGAAGACGGAGGCGGUGGAUCGGGUUGGUAAGAACAUAUUCACGACUAGGUAUGCCUACCACGAUGGGUACUUUGAUGGGCCGGAACGGGAAUUCCGUGGUUUCGGCAUGGUUGAGACGUGGGACACGGAGAAGUAUUCGAGUCUCGAACAGCUCGACGGCUGUUACUCCAACAUCAGCAAACACUCCAAUAUGCCGCCCGUCUUGACCAAGACCUGGUACCACACCGGGGAAUAUCUCAACGGGGAGGCCACCAGUCGGUACCCUGACGUCCCGUACUGGAUUGAAACCGGAGGAUCCGGAGUAUCCGCCAAUACCUUCGCAACCCUCGGAUCGACUGGACUCCCAUCCUCAAUCAUCACCAAGCGCGGCUCCGUCCCAUACAGAGCGAGCCAUCAGGAGAGGAGGGAAGCGUGCCGGGCCCUGCGUGGCUCGGUGCUCAGGUCCGAGGUCUACGCCGUCGACGGAACCAAUCUGCAAGACAUCCCCUACACGGUCAAGCAAGCCAACAUGCAGCUAGAGCAGCGUCAGCCCCUCGGCCGGAACCGCCACGCCGUCUUCUUCGUGCGGCCCAAGGAGACCCUCGAGGUGGUGUACGACAGGAAGAUAUACCCAUGCGGGCGCUUCGACCCGCGCAUCGCGCACACCCUGGUCCUGGAGACCGACUUCUACGGAAACCCGCUGCGGUCCAUGACGAUCAGCUACGGCAGGCGCCUGGAAGACCCCGAUCCGAGACUCACCGACGAGGACAGGGAGCGGCAGAGACAUACCUACGCUGUCCUGUCCGAGGCGACGUCUACCAACAGCUUCGACGACGUGGAGACGUAUCUCCUCCCGAAACCAGCCGAGUCGCGCGUCUACGAGGUCAUCAACAUCGGCGCCGCCUGCCGAGAACAGCACCGGGGAGGGGACGGUGGAGGGCUGGUGCCUUUCGAAGAAGCCCUCCACACCGCGAUCCUUCUCUCCACAGGCAAAUUCGACGUCCCCUUCGAGAACUUCGCAGGGCCCUAUCCAUCCAACACAGCCGCACACCGGCGUCUCCUCAAGCACAGCCGCGCCAUCUACCGGCGCGACGACCUCACCGGCCCACUCCCCAUCGGCGUCGUCGAGCGACUCGCCAUCCCCUCCCAGAACCUCCAGCUCGCAUUCACCGACGACCAGGCGGCGCGCUACGUCGAGGCAGGCAAGAUCCCCGCCGACCGGCUGCAAAGCGUGUUUGGGGACGACUGCAACUACGUGCGGGUGCCGGGUGAGACCGGGUGGUGGGCCCCGUCGGGCGAGGCGUUCUUCUCGGGCGACCGGCGGGACGGCGCCGCGGAGGAGCUCCGCAUGGCGAGGGAGCACUUCUUCCUUGUGCGGCGGAGCCGGCCGCCGUUUGAUAGGGAGGAUAGGCCGGCUGAGUCGUUCUACGAGUAUGAUGCGUAUGACUUUGCGGUGAAGGAGGUGCGCGAUCCGUAUGGGAAUAGGCUGACGGUCGGGGAGAGGGAUGUGGAUCCGGAGCGGCCGCUUGUUCGGCCGGGGUAUGAUUAUAGGGUGCUGGCGCCAUUUUUGAUCAUGGAUGCGAACCGGAAUUGCGCAGAGGUUGUGUUCGAUGUCAUGGGUAAUGUCGUUGCUUCGGCGAGUAGGGGGAAGCCGGAGGAGGACCUCGGAGAUUCGCUGAAGGGAGUUAACCCGUCGCUGGAUGGCGCAGAGACUCGAGAGUUCUUCGGCAAUCCCGUCGAGGUGGGCAAGCGGCUCCUGGGCGGGGCUACGGCGCGGACGGUGUACGACUUCUUUGCGUAUCACCGGACAAGGCACCACGCUCACCCUCAGCCCAACUGGACGGCGGGGCUAACGAGGGAAACCACCCUCUCCGAUCUGCCGGCGGGGACGGACAGCCGGGUGUUUGUCUCUAUCUCGUUCUCUGACGGGUCGGGGAGGUCUAUCCAGACGAAGCUGCAGUGCGAGCCGGGGCCGCUGACUCCACUGAACGACGAAGCCGACGAUCCAAAAGGAGACAAGAACCCCGAACCCCAAGUCACAAAACGGUGGCUCACCAGCUCAUGGGUAAUCCUCAACAACAAGAACAAACCCAUCCGACAAUUCGAGCCCUUCUUCAGCGCCACACCCACCUUCCAAUCGCGCGCCAUCCACGGCGUCUCCUCCACCCUCCUCUACGACGCCCUAUCCCGCCCCGUCGCCGUCAUCUCCCCGGACCACGCCUGGACCAAAGUCACCUUCCACCCCUGGGGCUCCGACGACUGGGACGCCAACGACACCGUCCUCGAGCCCGACCCGGCCGCCGACCCGGACGUCGGCCCGCUGUUCCGCCGCCUCCCCGCGCACGACUACCUGCCCACCUGGUACGCGCGCCAGCAGCGGCUCGGCCGGCUGCACCGCGAGGCCGCGGCGGGGGCCGCGGCGGUGUCGGCGCGGACGCCGUCGACGAGCUGCUUCGAUGCGCUGGGUCGCGUGUGCGUCGGGUUCGAGGUCGUCCGCCGGGCGGGCGGGGAUGGGGAGGAGGUGCUGCGCCAGCCCGUGUUUCUGGAUGUCCAGGGCCUGCCUUUCAGGAUGGAGGAUGCGCUGGGGCGGACGUCGGCGAGGAGUGUGUUUGCUAUUGGUGGGGUGGUGAUCGCCGAGACUAGCAUGGAUGGGGGGACGAGGUGGGCGCUGAAGGAUGGGGCUGGGAGGGCGAUUCUUGCGUGGAAUGGGCGGGGGCAGAGGUUUAGGACGGAGUAUGAUCGGGGUGGGAGGAUCGUUGGGAUGUAUCUUGAGCAGGGGGGGAGGGAGUACCUUGUUGAGAGGUCGGUGUAUGGGGAGACGGAGCCGGAUGGCGAGCUGCGCAAUGCGAGGGGGAGGAUCGUGCGUGCGUUUGACCAGAGCGGUAUCACGCGAACUCCGGAUUACGACUUUAGGGGGAAUGUGAUGGGGAGCAGUCGGCAGCUUGCUAAGGAUUACAAGGGGAUCAUAGACUGGGCUGGUCAGCCUGAAGUCCAGUCAGCGACCUACGAUGAGAAGAUCUUCUACAAUGCGCUGGGGAAGCCCACUCGCACGAUCCUCCCCGACGGCACCACCGCGACGUACAGCUACAACGAGCGCGGCCUGGCGAACAGCGUCACCACGGCCGUGACCGGGACCGGCACCUCCACCGAGGUGAUCCGUGACAUGGAAUACGACGCCAAGGGCCAGCGCGCGCGCGUCAUCCUGGGGAACGGGGUACAGACGCAAACCUUCUACGACAAGGAGACAUUCCGAAUAUCCCGGAUCCUGACCACCCGGCACCGGACCCGCAGCAGCAGCAGCAGCAGCGACACCGACAGCGAAAACAACGGCACAGUCACCCCUCCUCCCCGCCUCCGCAGACGCAGCCGCACAAAGACAGAGCACCUACAAGACCUGCGCUACGUCUACGACGCGGCCGGCAACCUGACGCACGUGUCCGACGCCGCGAGGCAGGCGACCUUCUUCCGCAACGAGCGCGUCGACGCCGGCCAGUCGUUCGUCUACGACUCCAUCUACCGGCUCGUCGAGGCGACGGGGCGCGAGCACGUGGGGCAGGCCCAGACCCAGAUACAGGGCAUCGGGCACCACACGCCGCCGCCGUCGCCAGCGGGCCGGGCCGACCACGCCAACGACGCUAAGGCGGUGGGGAGGUACGUGGAGAGGUACGUCUACGACGCGGCUAACAACUUGGUGAGUGUGCGGCACACGAGCCCGGCUGGCGGUGGGGGAGGGUGGACGAGGAGGUAUGAGUACUGCGAGGCGAGUCGGGUCGAAGCAGGGGAGGUGGGGAAUCGGCUCAGUCGGACGCGGGUCGGUAGGGUGGUGGAGGAGUACCGGUAUGAUGCGCCUGAGGCGGAGACGGGGAACAUGACGGGUAUGCCGGGGUUGCCGGGCAUAGAGUAUGAUUAUGGGGAGAGGAUGGCUUUGUCGGUGCAGACUGUUGGGAGGGGCGGGGAGGCGAGGGAGAGGACGUAUUAUCGAUAUGAUGCGACUGGGCAGCGGGUGCGGAAGGUGACGGAGCGGUGCGGCGGUGGUGAUGAUCAGCCGCGGGAACCAGCCAUCGUCAAGGAGACCGUGUAUAUCGGUGGGGCGUUUGAGGUAUUCCGGCGGUACAGUGGCUCCGGGGAUGUCUCGCUGGAAGUCCACAGCCUCAGCAUUGCCGAGUCGGGCCGUCGACUGCUCCUGAUCGAGAAUCGCACCGUCGGCGGAGACAGCCGGGCUCCCGGAGUGCUGUACCGGUACCAGCUGGGCAACAAUCAGGGAUCGGCGACGGUGGAGGUGGACGAGGACGCGAACCUCAUCUCGUACGAGGAGUACACCCCCUACGGCGUGUCGUCGCUGAGGGCCGUGUACCGUGACACGGAAAUCCCCAAACGGUACCGGUUCCUGGGUAAGGAGCGCGACGACACGGGGCUGUACCACUUCGGGGCGCGGUACUACGCGGCCUGGCUCGGCAGGUUCGUGUCGGCCGACCCGGACGGCGCCGCCGACGGGCCCAACCUGUACCAGUACUCGCACGGCAACCCUGUCAUGCUGGCGGACCCGGGAGGCAAGGCAGCAGGCCCGGCAGCGGCGGCGCCGGCCGAGGCGCUCGGCUGGGGCGUCGGGGCCAUGACGCAGCGGGCGCGCGACUGGGUCGUGUUCGAGAACCUGCCGUCAUGGGUGUCGGGCCUGCGCGAGUGGCGCGUGUACGGGCGCCUGGCGUCCAUGGACUUCGCCAUGAUGCUCCAGAACCAGCUGCUGGCCGGGGGCGCCACGGUCGGGGAGGCGGCGGCAAAGUUCGAGCAGUACAUGCCCAGCGCCGAGACGGGCGGCCGCCUGGGGUCCAGCUUCAUCGACUUCAUGUUCCCGGGCAUGAAGCGGGCUUUCGAGCACAAGCUCAUGGACUUUGCCAAGUACGCCGCCGAGGACGGCUCGCUGGCCGAGGGCCUCGUGGAGCAGGCCUUCCAGGGCGCCGACGAGAUCCUGGCGCAGCUCAGCAAGCACUCGGCCAACGUGGCGGCCGAGCUGGGCAAGGACUGGGGCAAGACGCAGCUGGCGGUGACGAUCCGCGGCGUGGAGGAGGGGUCCGCCGGGUGGAACGCCAUGACGAGCAAGAUCCAGGGCGUCCUGCAGGAGGCCGGCCAGGUCGAGGCCCUGAUCGUCCACGCCGACAACCCGGCCCUGGUGGCGGCGCGCCGGAGCCUCGACGCCAGCGCCAUGGCCCUGAUCAACAAGGCCGGCGGCCUCGCAAAGGUCCUCGGCUCCGGCGCAAAGUACCUCGGGCCCCUCGCCUUCGGCCUGACCGUCGUGGCCGCGCCCUUCCAGGCCUACGCCGCCACUGACGCCACGCGCAAGGUCAGCGACCGCGUCCAGUCCGGCCUCGACCUGGGCUCCGGCCUCACCGGCCUGGGCGUCACGGCCGUGGCGGGGGCCGUCAAGGCCGGCACCCUCACCAGCGCGGCGACCGUGGCGGGCGCGACGGCGACGGUGGUGGCGGGGGCAGCGCUCGGGGGCGCAGCUGUGGGGGCCGGGGUCGGAGGGUACGUGGCCGACAAGGUGGAGAACUCGCAGUGGGUGCAGGGUCACCUCGGAAAGCAGGGGGCCGCGGCCGCGGGGGCCGGUACCGGGGUCCUGGCUGGUGCGGCGGCCGGGGCGGCUGUCGGGGCGCUGGUGGGGAGCGUCCUGCCCGUCGUAGGGACGGCGGCGGGCGCGGCCAUCGGUGCUGCGGCGGGAGCGGUUGGGGCGUCGGCCAAGAUUCUCAUAAGGAAAUGGUGGGGUUGA